UUCAUUUAGAGCAAAACAAGUCCUGGCACUAAACGUUCAGUACAAAUAUCAGGGAACCUCUGCGGGAAGCGGACCUAUUGAAAUAACUGCGCAGUUCGCGUCCUGAAAAUGGCAAAUAAGAAAAAGAAAUCGAAGAAUGAAGAAAACAUCACGACGCUGGUGUCCUUCUUUCAAAUCUUUCGUUACGGAAAUUGUUUGGAGCUGUUGGCAACCGCUCUCGGGGUAGUCUUCGGAAUGAUAAGUGGAGCCGGCGUGUGCUGCAACCUGCUCCAAAUAGGAGAACUGAGCACGGCGUUCGUUGAGAGGACUAAGUAUCAUGACCGGCUUUCCAGCUACUUGCCGCUGACUGCGACUUUCGGAGGUGGCAAAAGAUUGGUUAACGCUACGCACGAACAAAAUAUGGAGGCUCUUAUCGAUGACGCGAAAGCAAUGGCCAUCGGAAUGUUCAUCAGUAUUGGUGUCUCUCUUGUGUUCUGCGUGCUGUCCUUCAGCCUAAUUAGUUGGAGCGCUUUACGCCAGAUAACGAGAAUAAGGACGUUGUUCCUGAGGUCUGUACUUCGUCAAGACAUGUCUUGGUACGACACUGAUUCAGAAUUCAACUUAGCGUCGAAGAUGUCCGAAAACUUGAUGAGCAUUAAGGAAGGUAUGGGCGAGAAGUUGGCGGUUGUAUCGAAUUUGGUGGGGACUUCCGUGAUUUGUCUGUGCACCGCAUUCCCCCUCGGUUGGCAGUUGACUCUGGCCUGCGCAGCCGUGAUGCCCUUCUCCGUGAUCACUUCUAUUGCCUUAUCGAAUUACCAAACAAAAUCUUCGAUAAGAGAAAUGGAGUCAUACAGUUUGGCCGGCAAGCAAGCUGAAGAAAUUCUCAAGUCAGUACGAACAAUCGUCGCCUUCGGAGGGGAAAAUAAGGAAGUAGAACGGUACCGACGUCUGCUUGAGCCGGCUGAAGAAUUUGGUCGAAAACGUGGUCUCUUCACGGGAUUAGGCAACGGCUUCAACUGGGUCCUUACAUAUUCUCUGAAUGCUAUCGGCUUUUCGUACGGGACAAGGCUAGUUGUCAAUGAUUUCGAUACUGAUUCUAAUUUGAGGCAAUAUCCUGUUGGCGCUGUGUAUAGUAUACUAUUCUCUGUAUAUAUGGCAACACAGUCUAUUACAUUCUGUGUCCCACACUUGGAGGGCUUCGCCGCGGCCCGUGGUGCGGCCGCAAGCAUUUUCCACUUGAUUGAAAGAGAACCAAAGAUCGACAGUCUACAGCAAAAAGGUUUAACGCCUCGUCGAGUUGUUGGAGACAUUUUACUUGAGGAUGUUGAAUUCUGUUAUCCGUCGCGACCUGAAGUCAAGGUUCUCAAAGGUUUUUCGAUCCACGUAAAGCCGGGCGAAUGCGUAGCUCUAGUGGGCUCCUCUGGUUGCGGUAAAAGUACUGUAUUACAACUUUUACAAAGACUGUACGACCCACAAGCCGGUUCAGUUAAGCUGGAUGGUAAAAAUUUGAAAAACCUCAAUCUAAGCUGGCUGAGGUCAUCUUUGGGUGUGGUAGGUCAAGAACCAGUGCUGUUUCGAGGGACGAUCUACGACAACAUCGCCAUCGGAAGUCCAGAGGCCACACGCGAAGAAAUCCAAAGAGUCGCUGAGAUUGCUUACGCCCAUGACUUUAUUAGUCUUCUACCAAAUGGCUACGAUACUGUGAUAGGAGAACGAGGCGCUUCUCUUUCUGGUGGUCAGAAGCAACGAAUUGCAAUUGCCCGGUCUCUCUUACGUGAACCGGCGGUGCUACUGCUUGACGAGGCUACUUCAGCCCUUGACCCUCACUCUGAGAGACAAGUACAAGCAGCGCUCGAUCGUGCCAGUGUCGGACGCACUACCAUAACCGUGUCACAUAGAUUGUCGACCAUAGUGAACGCCGAUAGAAUUAUUUGCAUGGACCAAGGAGUUAUAGUCGAACAAGGAACGCACGAGGAUCUCAUGAAAGCCAAAGGGUUUUACCAUAAACUGGUGACAACUGGUAACGAGAACAAAGAACCAGCAGAUAUAGAGCCCCUUAUUGAGGAAGCUGACGGUGAUGGAGACAACACAGAACCAACCGUACCUUCAAGAUUAGACGUCAGACGACGAUCAAGCAAGAAAGUGCUGAGACAUCAUUCUAUUAAAAAAGAUCACCCGGACUGGUUGACACCUCGCGGCUCGAUUUCUUCAAUGGUAUCGAUUGGACUGCAAAAUUUCGUAUUUAAUAGUGAUCUCGAAUCUGAGGAAGAUGAAGACGAAGAAGAGACUGUAAAAACUGUCAGUGAUUGGCAACUACUGAAACUUAAUGCCCCUGAAUGGCCAUUGAUAACAGUUGGCUCUAUUGCUGCUUUUCUACAAGGAGCAUGCUUCCCUGUUUUCGCCUUACUUUUUGGAUUUUCCAGCGGGAUCUUCAUACUAGAUAAUCGCGAUGAUAUCAUUUAUUUAGCAGAUCUUUAUUCUGUGUUAUUCGUGGUAAUAGCCGCGGUUGCUGGCAUAUCCAUGUGUCUACAAAGUACAACCUUUACAAGUGCUGGCUUGAAAAUGACAACUCGACUAAGACAUCAAUAUUUUGCAUCUUUGUUGAAACAGGAAAUAGGGUUUUUCGAUAAAGAAACGAAUACGGUCGGCGCGAUCUGUGCGAGAUUGAGCGGUGACACAGCUGAGGUACAGGGUGCCACUGGACUCAGGAUAGGCCUCAUACUGCAGGGUAUCAGCUCAGUGGUCGUCGGGUUUUUGUUAGCUAUCAGCUACAACUGGAAACUUACCUUAGUUGCGACAGUUUUUCUUCCUUUGAUGGUUGGUAGCAUAUGGUUAGAAGGUAUUAUAUCUCAGAAGGCGCAAAUAGAUGAACGAAAUGCAAUGGAAUCAGCCACUGCCAUAGCUACUGAAGCCGUUGUCAGCAUCAAGACAGUGCAGAGCUUAGGUGUGGAGACGGUUUUCCUUCAAAAAUUUCAAGAUGCACUCAAGACUGCCUGUGUAGCUGUGGCUUAUAAAACGCGUUGGAGAGGAUUAGUCUACGGUCUUGGAGUUUACAUACCGUUCAUGGCGUACUGUAGCGCUACUGUUUACGGCGCCGUGCUCGUCGCCUAUGGAGAAAUGGAAUAUAAACUAGUGUUGCUGGUAAACGAAGCUAUAAUGUACGGAGCCUACAUGUUAGGCCAGUCGCUGGUGUAUGCUCCCAGUUUGAAUACGGCAAAGGCGUGUGGAGCAAGGAUUCUGUCCAUCAUUCAAAGGCAACCUAAAAUUCACAACGCAGUUGGAGUGAAAGACAAAAAAGAUUGGGUGGCGUCUGGAAACUUCAGCAUGCGUGAUGUAGAAUUCUGUUACCCUACAAGGCCAAGUCAACGUGUUUUGAAAGGAAUCGAUCUGAAAAUGGAAGCUGGUAAAACCAUCGCUCUCGUCGGGUCCUCCGGAUGUGGCAAGUCUACAAUCCUCCAGCUAUUUCAACGUUUCUAUGACCCUGAUUCUGGUUUUAUUGAAUUAGACAAUCGUGACAUUAGAUCUGCUCUGACUAUACCACGGUUGCGUCGUCAGUUAGGAGUCGUGCAGCAAGAGCCGGUGCUCUUGGACAGAAGCCUGGCCGAGAAUAUCGCGUAUGGAGAUAACAAUAGGAAGGUCACUAUGCACGAAAUCGUCGCCGCUGCCAAAGCAGCAAACAUACACUCAUUCAUCGUGUCUUUACCCAAGGGUUAUGAAACGAAUUUGGGUGCGAACGGUGCUCAGCUGUCAGGAGGUCAAAAACAGCGGGUCUGUAUAGCGAGGGCACUUAUCAGGUCGCCACGCUUGUUACUGCUAGAUGAAGCUACAUCAGCAUUGGAUGCUAGCAGUGAACGGGCCGUGACAGAAGCUUUGGAGAAGGCUGCCAAGGGCCGCACUUGCAUCACUAUUGCUCACCGCCUCUCUACAGUUAAAGACGCUGACUUGAUCUGCGUUAUUGAUAAAGGUAAAAUCGUUGAGCGUGGAACUCAUGCUGAAUUGGUCAGCAUGAAGGGACAUUACUGGCGCAUGUGUAGAGGCCAAAAUAUGGCUUAAUUAUUUUUCCCAUAAUGCCUUUUAUACUCGUGUUUUCCUGUUUCUGUUUUCCUAUUUUGAGAUACUCAUAUUUUAAGAUUAUAAGAUUUUUUUUGUGCCAUGCAAACUUUUUUUUAAUGCAUAAUACUCUAUAAGAUUUUACUGCUCUAAACUCAAGUAAUCUAGUUUAUCUAGUAAUUAAUUAAUGCUUAGCUAGUGUAUAAUUAGAGGAAUAAA